AGUUGUGGAGCUGCUCUGGAGGCAGCGGCAGCAGCAGCAGCAGCAGGAGGACCAGGCAAAGGUUCUUACAGAUUAAUCAAAGAUGCUAACAGACCGAGUCCAGAAAUCCUUGGGUCCCCACAAGUUCUCAGAAGAAUUUCAAAGCAAGGUGGUGGUACCUCACAUCCCAAAACUGGUCAAAGAAGAAAAGAAGCAUGCCCCAUUGACUCCAUCUGCCUUCCUGAAAGCAAUGACUCUGACGACGGAGCAGAUGCUGGCAAACACCCAUGAGGUGCGCCGGCCUCGAAUUGUGCAGCUUCUGGACAUGAGCGAAACCUCACACCAGAAGUUCUCUUCUGUUGAUCUGGACCAGUCUCUGUUUCAACCAUUCCCGUCAGAAGUGAUUUUCCAGAAUUAUGACCCUUGUGAGAUGUAUGAAGUGCCACUAAUUCUGAGGAACAAUGACAAGAUCCCUCGGCUGGUGAAAGUUGUUCUGGAGAGUUCACCUUACUUCAGAGUCAUAAGCCCCAAUGAUGUGUGUAACAAAGUUGCACCUGGCAUGCAUUCGACAUUCCGCAUCCUAUUUACUCCUGAAGAGAACAAGGAUUAUAUCCAUGAAGUCACCUGCAUUACUGAAAGGGAAAAGUUUAUUGUCCCUAUUCGAGCCAUUGGUGCCAGAGGCAUUUUGGAUUUCCCAGACAAGCUGAAUUUCUCUACCUGCCCAGUCAAGUACAACACACAGAAAACACUGCUUGUUCGUAACAUUGGCAACCGAGAGGCCCGCUAUCAAAUCACUACACAGAGACCUUUCUCUAUCGAGCCCUCCAUUGGGACCCUUGGAAUCCAGGAAACCACACAAUUCACCAUUGAUUUCCAUCCUCAAAAGAGUGGCAACCACUCUGAGGACCUUGUAGUGCAUUAUGACACAGGGGAAGAUAUUCAUGUAUGCUUAUAUGGAGCAGCUACAGACGUCAAUGUGAGACUGGACAAGAACUCCUUGAUAGUUGAGAAAACUUAUAUCACUUUAGUGAGCCAGAGGUCUGUGGUUAUUCACAAUCGGAGUGAUAUCAUUGCGCGUUUCCAGUGGAAGAUCUUUGCAACACAAGAGGAGGAGGAGCAGAAAAAACAAAGGCUAUGCCAUACACUGCAGGCCGAGGAAGAGGGUGUGCUGGAUCAGCUCCUGGCUGAGUGUAAUAUGCAUCCUGAUCUUCGUGAGCAUCUCUCCAUUGUCACCCGUACCUUUCAGAACCGCCAGGCCAGGGUGCAGGAAGACUCCAUGCUCUUCAACAAUCACGUUUUUACUGUUGAGCCUCUGGAGGGAGAAGUUUGGCCCAAUACCACAACCGAAAUCAGCGUGGUUUUCAGGCCACAAGAAGCUGGGGUUUAUCACCGAACUGUAUACUGCGAUAUCUCAGGGCGAGAGACCCGGCUCCCUCUGCGCAUCAAAGGAGAGGCCAUGGCCCCCAAGCUGCUUUUCAACUUUGACCAGCUGGAUGUUGGGAAAAUUUUUGUUGGCUCAGCCCACAGUUAUGAGGCCAUCCUUUCUAACAAAGGAGCUAUUGAUGCCCUCUUCAGCCUGAUAUGUCCAUCUACAGCCCUGGGUGCUUGUUUCACAUUUCAGCCCAGUGAAGGAAUAAUUGAGCCAGGAGGCCACCAGGCGAUUCAGGUCACCUUCAGCUGUACCAUCCUGGGACAAUUCUUUGAAGAGUUCAAAUUCAGUGUGAAUGGAUCUCCCCAGCCUGUGACCUUAGUGAUUAGGGGCUGCGUCAUUGGACCGACAUUUCAUUUCAAUGUCCCAUCCCUCGAUUUUGGGGAUGUCUCAUUUGGUUUCCCCCAUACCCUGUCCUGCUGCCUCAGCAACACCUCUUUGGUGCCCAUGACCUUUGACCUUCGUGUCCCAGGAGAUGGCACUGGGGAGCCAAGUGUCAUGAGUGAGCAUCAAGCCUCUGACAUCUCAAGGCCAACGUGGAGGAAGGCACGCAGUGGAGGGGCAAAGCCCAAAGAAUUUACCAUCACUCCCAACCGAGGCACCAUCCGCUCACAAGGACUCAUGGACAUCCAGGUGACCUUAUGUUCCAACACUGUGAAGACGUAUGAAACAGCACUAGUAGUCGAUGUGAAGGGGAGUGGAGAAGAUGUACUGGCUCUCCCAAUCACAGCGAGAUGCAGCACACCUCCACUGCAUGUGGCUAAUCCCAUCCUGAAUUUUGGACGUUGUUUCUUGAAGUUCCCAUACCAGCAGAUGGUGAAACUUGUUAAUGAAAGUGAUCUUCCAGGGUGCUAUGGUGUUCUCCCCCAGGAAUAUGAGAAGUCCCUCACUGUCUUGCAUUCCAGUCCUCUGCCUUGUGGUAUCAUUCAGCCUCAUUCCACUGUUGAGAUCCCCUUGGCCUUGGAAGUCCAGGAGAAAGGGCAGCAGGAGGCAGUAGCCUUCAUUGCUGUCUUUGGUAAUGAACUCUUUCCACUGACGAUCCAGCUUGUGUCCUUUGGAGAAGGCCCUGUUGUUUAUGUGCAUCCUGCUAAGCUAGACUUUGGCUCCAUCCAGGUUUUAAAAGAUGUUUCUCGGGUGCUCUAUCUUUCCAAUCAAUCUGUUAUUCCUGCACCAUUUGAGGCACAGAUGGCCCGAAGUAAUUCCCUGUGGAGAAUUGAGCCUAAUAAAGGAAUUGUCCCUCCAGAAAAUGAGAUAUCGAUCAUGCUAAUAGCUAACCUGGAUGACACCGUGCUGUUCCAGGACAAAGUUAACUUGAGCAUAGAGAACAGCAAUUCUUACAUCAUCCCAAUCCAGGCAACUGGCAUUGGUACCACCAUUGUCACAGACAAACCCUUUGCUCCAGCCAUUGACCUGGGACCCCACUUCAGCUUGGAUUCCUGCUGCUAUCGCUUCAGGAUCACUAACCGUGGGCGCCGCACGCAUCAGCUCUACUGGAUGACAGAAGGCUUCCCCCCAUUCCGCCAGCGCAACACCCUCCCUCCCAUCAAUGCUAACACAAAGAAGAAGUCCUCUGAACUUCCGCUCUUUAAGCUUCAACCAUUGAGGAUGGAGCUGACCCCAGGAAAAAGCAUGGACAUGAUGCUGGAAGGCUGUUCUGACGUUCCCAAGGUCGUAAAGGAAAGGCUGCUCUGUCAUGCCAUCAUAGGGAAGCAAUCCGGAAAGGAGCUUAUCAUGAAGGUUGAUGUCAUAUGUGAAUUCAUUGCACCCAUUCUACACAUUUUCCCCAAAGAGAUCAAGUUCCAAGUGGAGAAGGACCCCAAUGAUAGCCUGAAUCCCCAGUACGAACCUCUGACUUUGAAAAAUGUUUCGUCUUUGCCAAUCAAUGUCCUCCUCUCUUUGCAAGAACCUUUUUCCCUCUGUGAUACUGAACAUGAAAUGCUUCCAGUACCCUGUCAGGCCUUAACUAUGGACGUUGGGGAGAAGCAUGACCUCUGUAUCAGGUUUGACCCUCUCUAUAGAGAUGACUUGUACAACCGAGUGGCAGAAGAAGUCUUGACUUUCCGUUACCUGGAGCAUCCCCAUGUAGACUACAUCAACCUACGGGGAGAAGUGCGUUUCCCUAACCUACACUUUGAGACAAUGGAUUUGAAUUUUGGCUGCAUCUUGAAUGACACAGAAGUUGUCCAUGAGAUCAAUAUGACCAAUUGCAGCCCCCUUCUUGUAAAAUACCGCUGGUCCUUCAUGACAGAGGAUCGUAAGACCUUCAUCAGAGAAGCAGCUACAGAAGAAAACCUCAACUAUGUUGAUGGAGAAGAGACUGUCCCUGAGGAACUUCCAGACACUGCAGAAAGUAUCCCAGAAGCCAAAGCAGCCUCCAGGUCCCCAUUGCCAGCUGCUGAUCAAGGUGAAGAGGAGCUUCCAAAGAAGAGUGAGGUGGGGACCAAGGAAGUCUUGUGGUGUGCAGAAGCAGAAGAUAACCAUCUGACAGGCGUGGAAGAAGUAUUUGACAUCAUGCCGCUGUAUGGGAUGCUGGAGCCGAGCGAGAUCCAGCGGAUGACGUUCACAUUCUAUGGCCAUGCUGACAUCGUUGCUCGUGUCAAAGCCAUCUGUGAGGUGGAUGGGGGACCCACCUACGAGAUCCUACUGAGGGGUGAGGCCUCCCUUGUGAGUUAUGCAUUUGACAGGAAGGAGAUUGAUUAUGGACUCCAGCCUUUUGAUCAGAUAUGUGUGACUGAGAUUACGCUGAAAAAUACAGGAAAAGUUGGAUUUGAGUACUUUGUGACUAACGCCAUUGCGGCUUCAGCCAACAACCCUGCACCUGGUGUGCCACUGACUCUGCCUGUUUCUAGUUAUAUUAAAUCCGGGAAGAAACAGGUGUUGAAGGUAUAUUAUUUGCCUGGCAUUCCGGAGGUCUUCCAAAGAACCUUCCAGAUCCAGGUGGCCCACAUGGAUCCAGACAUCAUCACCCUGAAAGGAGAAGGAAUCUUCCCCAGAAUUUGCCUGGAUCUACCCAUAAAUGUUAAAGGAAAUGACCGGUAUAGCAUCCUCCUGAAAGAAGUCAAGGAACGCAUGGGGCAGGAUUCACACAAAGAUUCCAUCAGUAACUUGGAGGCAGUGGGCACAGAACCAACCAUGGAGGAAUCCAGCUCUGUACUUGGCAUGCAAGUGCAGUUAGAGGUGGAGAGGCUCCUUGUUCGAGAACAUGCCUUGGAGCAGCAGAUGCAGCUUUCCUGUGACCCAAAGGAGGACCCUGCCAUCAGCCAGCGAAUUCGCCGCAGAUUUGUCAAAGCACAACUCCCUGAGUACAUCUUAGACUUUGGCUACAUCAUCCUGGGCACUGUCCGGACCCACAUUAUCAAAAUCACCAACACCGGCCAGUUUCCUGUGUCCUUCUAUGCAGAUAGGCGGAACUUGCGGGACUCAGGUUUCGACACAGAGCUGGACAGAGUGAAGAACCUGCCCUACUGCGAGACGGAGACAUUUGGAGUGCGCUUUGAUCCCCAGAGUGCCAACCAGCCCCUGGGAGAGGUGGAAGUGAUCCUGCCAGUCAAGGUCCUGAGCGGACCCACAUUCAACAUCGCUCUACGUGCCAUGGUGAUUAUGCCAUCUCUCUGCGUGUCCAAUGACAAUUUGGAGUUUGCUGCCACUCAGUGCGGGCAGUGCCAAGUCGAGACAAUCCAGCUUCACAACCAGCUCCAGGUCACCUGUGAGUGGUUUGCCACCAGCAGCGAGCAAAUAAAAAAGGUGGACAAGCACAUGCCAAUGACCUUACGUCGGAAGAUGCGCCGUGAGUUAAAACACAAGCCCAAUGUCUUUGAGAUGAUCCCUCCCUAUGGGAUCCUGGCUCCGGGGGAGAGGCUCAAUGUGCAAGUCAAGUUUGCACCCAGAGAAGAGAAAUUCUACCGCCACUACCUGAUUCUGAGCAUUUCCCAGAGCACCCAGCAGCUGCAGCUGAAUGUCUCAGGGCAAGGUCUGGAGCCACGUCUAGAGUUCACGCCUUCCAUUCUGGAACUUGGCCCCCUCUUGCCUUACGCCGUUGGGGAUGAGGCUGAAGUGGUGGUGAAGAACCCUUGUAGCUUCCCCAUUGAAUUCUACUCAUUGGAAUUUGACCAGCAGUAUCUGUUGGAAGAGCGGAUUCUGCGGAUGUUGAAGGGCUAUGACACCCAUAACAUGCUUCUGUUGCCUCCUCGCAUCCCUGGGGAGAAGCUGCCUUUUGAAGUCCUGGAAUAUUAUGAGGAGCAGAAGAAGGUUCAAGGUGACCAGGAGACAGUUACCGGUCAUCAGGAAAAUGUAGAAGACGAUGAAAAUGCUUUACUUUCUGAUCAUGGGAUGAAGCUUCUCCCUUCCAGUCCUGGGCAAACAACAUCCACGGGGGCCUCUGCUCAUCCUUCUCUUUCCCUUAAUGAGGAUACCAGAACUUUCAGGGUGGAAUCGAAAUUUGAUCAGGAGGAAGAAGAGGAAGAGGAGGGGACAGACAGAGGACAAGGAGGGAGUCAGCAAAGUGUGAUCAAGAAUAAGGAAGCUGUUGGAGAGCUAGACAACAACCCCGUCUCAAAAGCCAUUGCGCGUCACCUUGGCAUUGAUAUAUCUCCAGAGGGACGGGCUGCCAGGAACCGCAGGGGCAUUGCCAUCAUCAUCCAUGGUGCUCCCCUUACAGGAAAGUCCAGUGCGGCCAUCACCAUUGCCAAACACUACAGUGCUGCUUGCUUAUCCAUUGAUUCUGUGGUCUUGGAAGCCAUCUCUGAUGGGAACACUUCAGCAGGGCUUCGUGCUCGUGAACUCUGCAUCCGAGCCGCCAUUGAACUGGCACAACGGGAAAAUGAAGAGGGGGGAACUGAAGGGCAGCUUGCCCUGCCUCUGAAUAACAGGCUCAGUACAGAGGCUAUGGGUAAGCACACCUCAGAAGGCAGCCAUAGUUCAGAGUCCAAAACAGGACCCCUCUCAGGCGUCUCUAGAGGCUAUAGGGGAAGCACGGCGACGGCGAAGGGCAAGUCUGAAGGUCACACAUCACAAAAGCAGCAGCAGCAUCAACAAUCUGAUCAACCUGGAUCCCAGAUUCCGUCCAGCCCUAUUCCCAGCGCUCCGAUCCAGCGACGCCUUAGCCUCUGUGGCAGUGUGGCAGGAGAUUACGGUCUGUUGAGCUGUGUGCUUCCAGAGGAGCUAUUGGUGGAGAUUCUUUCAGAGAGGAUGCAGCUGAGCGACUGCUAUCGUGGCAUGGUGUUUGAUGGGCUAGAUACCUUGUUUGCCCGCAGCAUGGCAUCGGCGCUUGCCUGUCUACUCAAAGCUAUCAACAACAGGCGCCACAUCUAUUUUGUGAACCUGUUCCAGGACUUUGUUGCUAUGAAAUCCAGAGAGAAGGACAAGCAAGAGCAGGAAGAACGGGAGCAGCAGGAGGCCAUUGCAAGAGAGAAGAUUCGUCUUCAGGAGAUGGAUGAAGAGGAGUAUGAUGCUCUCACCGAAGAACAAAAAGUCCAGUUUGAUCAUGAACUGUUGCUGGCCCUGCGUGAGAGGAAAAAGAGGGAGCAGGAGAAGCUGGCUCGGGAGCUGGAGGAGAAGAAGCACCAGCAGGAACUGGAGCGCCUGCGGGAGGAGGAAGAGAUGAAGAGGAAGAGCAAGCGCUACAAGAGGGAGGCAGCAGUGGCCAAGGAGAAAGAGGAGGCUGCAGCAAAGAAGGGCCAGCAAGCAGGCAAGCAAAAUGCUCCAGUGCCUGCUUUGAAAUCUGAUGGGAGGCUGAAUGAAGGGAUCGAGCGGAAAUCAUCAGCCAAGGAGCGCCCAGAGUUGAGUGUCAAUGACAAAGAUGAGAAGAAGAGGAAAAGUAAGGCGGGCCCACAGAAUGGUCAGCCAGGAGCUGCCCCACCUGCAGCCCAGGAAGAUGAGGAAGCCGAGAAGGAAAUGAUGAGCGAGAGUGAGAAGAACUUGGCUCUGAGGUUCAAGCUCUACGAGGCCAACCAGAAAGACAUAGUCCAGAUCCUGACCUUCUGGGACAGAGUUCAGUUGAUGCAGCUGCUGCCACCAGGCUCUGAAGAGAAGCAGGAAGAAGCAGAAGACCAGCGGCAAGCACCCUCGGGCCGCAAAGGCAGGAAGGACAGGGAGAGGGAGCGCCAGGAGAGACUGGAGAAGGAGAGAGCAGAGAAGGAGCGCCUGGAGAAAGAGAGAGUGGAGAGAGAGCGCCUAGAGAGGCUCAAAGCGAUGGAGGACAACAGGGCUGGAGGGCAGGAGGGAGAAGGGGAACCAGAUGUGGGGAUCCCAUGCUUGGAGUUCCAGGUGCUCAGUUCUGAGGACUCCAGUGGCAAGAGGAUCCUGGAGAGUGGCAAGCUGCCAGAUAUCGUCCAGAUCUUGAAUGGCUUGGGACUGGGUCCUUCUGGGCCACCCAUUCCUCCCACUGCCUGUUUCUCUGUGAUCCCAUAUCCAGAGAAGCGGGCCGCACCAGUUCCUGGAGAAGCUCUCAAACAUUUCACCUUCCUCUUACCUGAAGAUCCAAGUCUGGAGGAAGACAAGAAGGAGACUGAGAGUAUCUUGGAGACUUCAGUGAAUCUCCCUACAGUGAAGGAGGAACAGACAACCCCAACCCGAGGCAAGGGCAAGAAGGAGAAAACCGACAUAACCCGUGAAUCUUCAAAGGAUAAGAAAGGCAGCUCUCGUGGCAGGAAGGGUACUCAUCCUACCCCUGGUGCAGUAACAACUCUGUCAGAGCUAGAUCAGGGUGGCCUCACAGGGGAACCAUCUACUGAGAAGCUCUGCCGGUUGACCUGCUUUCGUUGGACGGUCCCUGCUAAUGGAGAGGUUACAAUGCGCCUCCAUUUCUCUUCCACCACAACAGGGUACUUUGAUCAGGUCCUAAACUUUGAGAUCCUGGGGACCCAACGACAGUAUCAAGUUUUCUGCAGGGGUGUCUGCACAUAUCCAUCCAUUUGCCAAGAUCCUACGAUUGUCUUCCCGCACCGUGUAAAGAGCGUCAAACCCAAUGACAUAAUAUCCAAAAAGUACAUCAUGAAUUUGGGGGUCUUUCACUUUGGCCCCUUGCUGUGUGGGAAGUCAAGGGAAAAGUACAAGGCCCUGCGAUACCCCAGUCACUAUGAAAAGCUUACCAUCUUGAACAUAUCUCCUUUGGAUGCGGAAGUUCAUUUCUUCUUCCAGUAUGACUCUAAGGCAGUCACAUACCUCUUCGACCCCCCUACCAUGACACUCAAGCCCAACGAGAAGCAGGAGCUGACAAUUUGGGCUUAUCCAACAGCCAGUGGUAUAUUUGAGGACAGCAUUGUCUGCUGCAUUAAAGAGAAUCCAGAGCCUGUAAUCUUCCGGGUCAACUGCCAAGGAGUUCGCCCAGAGCUGGAGCUAGAUCGCCGGCUGGUGCAUUUUGAAAAGCUCCUAUUGCACAGAAAGGAGACAAAACCACUCUACCUCAAGAACUUCACUCCUCUGCCUGUUGCAUGGAGGGUUAGCGGCAUGGAGAACAUUGGUGAUGAUUUCUCUCUUGCCGUUGAUAUGGGUGUGAUUGAACCCUACUCGGAGUACUGCCUGCUAGUGAACUUUAGGGCCACAAAGACACUCAACAUUAAGAAGGCCAUUCGCCUAGAGGUUUCAGAUGUGGAAAAUAUUCUGGGGAUUGUCCAGAUUGAAAACAUCCAAAUCAUUGCUGAGGCCUAUGAUGUUGCCCUGGACAUCAGCUUUCCCAAAGGUACAAAUGGUGGUGUGGAGUUUGGGAAUAUUAAAGUCAUGGAUGAAGCUAAACAAGUGCUGUCCCUGAAGAACAAGGGAAAAUAUGAGAUUGGGUACAGCUUUGUUGUGGAAUCCACAGAUCAUGGGAUGCCCAAUGUGACUCCACUCUUCACCAUCACACCCCAGAAAGGGAAUUUGGGUCCCAAUGACCGUCCCACUUCAGUCCUGAUACUUUUUCGCUCUGGGAGGGAAGUGAAAAUUGAAGAGAAGCCUAUUCUGCAGUGCCACGUUAUUGAGCCCAACCUCUGCGAAGGAGGAGAGAUCAUUGCCACCAUUCCCAUCAAGGUGUCAGUGCAUUGCAUGUUUGCCAAAUACAGCAUCACCCCUCCAUCACUCAUAAACUUUGGUCCCGUGGUACUCAAUUCCCGGAAGACCAACAGCUUCACCAUUGAAAACAAAGGGGUCCUCGACUUUAAGUAUGGCAUCUGCAGGCUAAUCCGAGACGUGGUGAUCCCACUGAGGAAAGGAAUCUCUCAUGAGAAGUCCUCCCGCUCUAGUGAUGUCCAACUUGGCCGGGGGACGGCUCAGCUGGGAAGGCAAAGCAAACGCACAGAAUCCAUGCAAAAGGAUGUGACCAUGGUGGUGCAGGCUCGCUUCUCCCUUGGCAUAUUCACCGUCUCCCCUGGAUUUGGAACCAUUCCUCCUGGAGGCCAUCAGACCAUCACUGUGGACUGCAUUGCAGAUGCAAUAGGGAAAUUUGAGGAGUACAUGACCAUAGAGAUCACUGACCGAGACCCCGACGACAACCCUGGUGGCAUUCAGUACAGUCUGCUUGCAGAAGCGUGUGUCCCAGGUUUUGUGAUGGAUGACAUGGGAAGCAUUUUUGAGGAGCAUCGGAUCUGCAACAGCAACAACCUCAGCCAGGUUCUGAAGACCAUAGGAUGCGAGUGUGUGUUUGUCACUGAUGAAAACAAGUUCAUCUUCAAUAAUGUUUUGGUUGGGCACCAGGCAGUUGCCCGGUUCAAGAUCUGCAACACUGGCCGAAUCCCCUGCGAUGUGGUUUUUAGCGUAAAGUCCAUCUCUUCCAAGUCCAGUGUUCGGAUCAGUGACAUCUUUGAGCUCCACCCAGUGCGGAUGUGCAUCGCCAGCCGUUCACAUGCCUUCACAAGCCUGACCUUCUCACCACAGAGCAUGCAAAACUACCAGUGCAUUUUUGAGGCUGCUGUUGAUGCACCACCCAGUUUGGUUGCAAAGUCAAGGAAUUUAUCCUUUGAGGUCACUGGGGAUGGCAACCUCCCUCAGGUCACCAUCAUGCGCCCUGUGCUCCGCAAUAAGAAAGGGAACCCACUCCUACUCUUCAGGAGGCUCCUGUUGGGCCAUACAGAGACCCUUCCUCUGGUCUUUAAAAACUGUGGCAGCAUCCUAGUCCAGCUGUUUCUCAACAUUUCAGAUGAAAAUUGUGCUUUCACUUUGAAACACAGACCCACUACCAAGUGCAUUUAUAUGACUUCUCAGAAUGAGGAGAAUGAACCCAACGAGGGAGUCAGGAAACCUCACACGGCCUCUCUUGUCCUGCACAAUGGGGAAUCUGCUGAGUUUGACGUGGUUUUCCAACCCAGCUUGGCCCAGCGCAUUGAAGGACUGAUCCACCUCUCUAUUGUGGACAAUCAGUACGAGGAGACCAGCAUCCAAAUGGUGGGUGAGGGUUACCAGGAUGAUGUUGUGCUGGACAACAUCCACAGCUUGAUUACGGAGACUGAUUCUGAAAGACAUCUGGAAGAGAACACAGCCGAGGCUCCCAGAAUAGAUUGUGUCCACUUUGGGGACUGUCACAUUGGAAGGGCCUAUCAGGCAUCGUGUACCAUAACCAACCACAGCAAGUCAGAUGUGAUGAGAUUUGAAUGGCCAACUUUGGGUGCACUUCACUUCUCUCCACAGGUUGGCCAUCUGCACAGCGGGUGCACCAAAAACAUCACAGUGACCUUGAAAUCUAGCCUCCCCGUCACACUGAAAGAAGAGGCCAUCAAGUGCAAGGUGACCAAGAUUGCCUUCCAGCUGCCAGCUGACCAAGUGCCUGAUUGGGACGAUCGCCUCCACACUGUCAAAUGGGUGGACAUCUCAAAGAGUAUCACAACAACACGCCCAACUAAGAAGAAGGUGAUUGAGACAGAUCCGGAACCUGCUCACACAACUGUGGAAGACAGUGGCCGAGAACUGGAGCUCUGGGUGAGUGCCAUUGUGGACUACACACAGUACAAAAUGGAGGUGGAGACAGUGAACUUCAAGGACACUUUGCUGUUCCAGACGAGGGUGUACAAUGUGGAGCUGUCUAAUACAGGGAAUGUGAAGCUAGAAUACACCUGGAAUGUGGCCAUGGAGGAGACCGGGAGGGCAGUCAACUUUGCUACCGAGCCUUUGGCAGCCAGCCCAGAAGGUGCAACAGGGGAAGUUCCAUCUGCUGUUUCCAUCAAGACCGGGUCCAGCCGACGGUUCAGUCAUUUCGAGAGUACGGUGGACAGCCUUUCUUCCUACGUGUCCCCAGCAGCCACCGGAGCCCCCUUCUUCAUGGAGCCCAGCUGUGGUACCAUCCUUCCUAAGAGUUCCCAGACCCUCCAGAUGAAAUUCAGUCCUCAGGAAGUGGGAGAGUUUGAGGGCCGCCUACUCUGCAGUAUUUCUAACCUGAAGCCUGAUGAGGAAGGCCCGGUUGUGACUGUGAAGGCGAAGAGCCUCCUGCCCUUCUGUCAUUUUGAGCUGGAAGAUUCCAAUUACAUCACUGCGCACAGACGCAGCCAAGACUUGCGAGGGCCUGGUGGGAUGAGCCUGGAUGCCAACACCAAAGUGAUUGAAUUUACCUCUAUAGGAGUGUAUGUCAGAAACACCCGGAGCUUUGCCAUCAUGAACCCCACCAAUGCCACCUACUCUUUCCAGUGGGUCUGUGAGCAGCAGGAGAACAAAGAGUAUGCUGCCUUCAUCUGCUUUAUGGAGCGAGGCCAGCUCCGGCCAGAGAAAAAAGUGGAGGUCAUUUUUGAAUUCAUCCCACAACAUCUGGACACCACAGAAUCCUUUUGGACUUUCUCAAUCCCUGAACACAACCUUUCUGUCCCAUUCCUCUUGGUUGGCCACACCACGGACCCUGUUGUGUUUCUGGAAAGAUCCCACCUGAACUUCCGCUCACUCCUUAUUGGACACGAGGCUCGUGAGAGCAUCGACAUUAUCAACAAUGAGAAUGAGACCUACAAUUUUGCCUUCAGAGAAGGCACUCGUUUUUCAGAGGGGCGAAUCAGCUGUCUAAAAUUGCAGCCCAUGGAAGGCUCAAUCCCACCUCAUUCCAGGCUUCCUAUUAGCAUCUUAUUCAUGCCAAACCUGGAGGGGGAGGUAAACUUCAACUUGAUCUGUGAUGUCAAAAGAAAGAGCCAACCCCUCUGUUUGAACGUCAAAGCCACUGGCCACACCAUGAAUGUGUCUGUGAAGUGUCAUGAAAGUAAUGGUUUGCUUACUGAGCUGGACCCUGACCAGCCACACCGGAUCAGCUUUCAAGAGAUGCAAGUCAGUGAUUAUGCUCAGUGCCAUUUCUAUAUUCUGAAUACUGGCAAAUUCAACUUCAACUUCUCAUGGGAACUUGACCUUGCCAAAGCAGUGCAGCAAUAUUUUGCCAUCUCUCCAAAUAAUGAAGUAGUAGAAGCAGGGGAUCGGACAGAGGUCAUGCUGUCCUUCCACCCACUGAAGCCAUGCACCUUAAAAGAUGUGGAGCUGAAGCUGCAGAUCAGCCAUGGACCAACGUUUACUUGUGUGCUGGAAGGCUCAGCUGUGAAUCCCAGCAUCCAUUUCUCCCACACCAAAGUGGAGUUUGGAAGCUGCUUCAUCUACCAAGGUGGAAUGACUGUUUCAAAACGAAUCCUGACUGUCACAAAUAAGGAUGCCAAGGAUGCAAGCCUGGAAUGCUUGUUCACCAACACAGCUUCCCUCGAGGUUGGCUUCCAUGCUGAAGUGCUGGCUGCUGGAGGAAAGACAGAGAUUCCAAUCACCUUCUAUCCCCGGGAGGCCAUUUCCUACCAUGAGGUCAUCACCUUUGAAAUCAAUGGGGUCUUGCAGCGUAAUAUUGAGGUCUUCGGGAAGGGCAUUGAGAUGAAGAUAGAGGUUGCAGAACCUCACAACAAAGUGCUGAAAUUUGGAGCUGUCCCUCCAGGGCACACUGUGAAGAAGAUGGUGACGAUAGUGAACCGCAGUGUCACGUUUGUCACCUUCAACCUAAAUUUCAUGUACUCUGCAUCAGAGUUGCAGGAACACAAGGUUCUUUCCAUGACUCCAUGCAAUGAAAUAACCCUGAAGCCCAAAGAAGGCACAUGCCACGUGGAGGUGACUUUUGCCCCGAAGAGCCGCAUCCUGCCGUUCAAAGAGGAGGUCCUGCUCGAGUGCCAUGGGAUCCUGCGCUCCCUCUUUGUGGUGCAAGGCUGCAGCCAGGGCAUCGAAGUCAGCCUGGACCAGUAUCAUGUCCCUUUUGGAGCAGUGGUGCUACGGAGCCAGGCUUCCCGGCGCAUCAUGAUGCAGAACACAGGAGACAUCGGUGUGGGAUUUAAAUGGGACGCCAAGCGCUUCAAGCCAGACUUCUCCAUUAGGCCAGUGGAAGGCUACAUUUCCCCAGGAACGGACGUCUUCUUUGAAGUGACUUUCCACCCCUGUGAGCAGAGUCAGGACAUCUGCUAUGAGAACCUCCAGUGCCACAUCCAAGGCAGAGAAUCACUCAAGCUCAUGCUCACCGGAUGCUGUGUGGGAGUUCCCCAGGUCAAAGAGGUGGUGAAUUUCACAUGUCAGGUACGGGCAAAGCAUACACAGACCAUUAUGUUAUCCAACAAGACCAACCAGGCAUGGACUCUGCGGCCAAUCAUCGAAGGGGAGCAAUGGAAGGGUGCAGAGUUCCUUAGGGUAGAAGCCCACCAGCAAAACAAGCCGUAUGAAGUCACCUACAGACCCCUUGCCAUGAAUACAGACAACAAGAAGGAUCAGGGGUCCAUCUUCUUCCCCCUCCCGGAUGGGACGGGGCUGCUGUACCUCCUGCAAGGCACCGCAGAGCCUCCAAAGUCUGCUGGGAACAUCGUAAGAGAAAUUCCAUGCAAAACAUUCUACACAGAACUUCUCCCAAUCACCAAUUGGCUAAACAAGCCACAAAGAUUCCGUGUGACAGUGGAUAUGCUGAAGCCCGAAAGGCUGGAAUUGACCACCACACUGAAGACCCUGGACUAUGUGGAUGUGCCUGCUGCUGCCAAGAAAGACCACAAGCUCACCUUCUUCUCUUAUAGGGAAGGCAUGUACAGUGCCAAGGUGACCUUCCGCAAUGAAACGACUCAGGAGUUCCUGUUCUAUUUGGUGACUUUUAAGGUCAUCCCAUGUGGCCCACUUGGCACCAUUGAGUUGAUGACCCUCGUGCGGCAAAGCACCUCAUCUUCUGUGAAGAUUGAAAACCCUCUCUAUGUCCCAGUGACCUUCAACACUGACUGCAAAGUGCCAGACAUCAACAUUCCCCCCCAGUUCAUUGUCCCGGCUCAGUCGGAGGGGGUGCUUGUGUUUGAGUUCCAACCAAUGAGGCCUGGAGAAGUUAGUGGGCGCCUGUCCCUCAACAGCAAUGAGCUGGGCUCCUUCCAGUACGACUUGAUCCUGAAAGCCACCCCAGCCCGGCCAGAGAAAGCCCUCUCCUUCUGUGCCAUGCUGGGCAGCAGCCAGAUCGUCUUCGCCAAGUUUGUCAACUAUACCCGUCAGAAGACAGAGUACACCACCAAGCUUGACUGCCCUGACUUCCACGUGGACAAAGUAAUCAAUGCACCUGCAGGAUCUCUAGGAGGCACUGAGGUCAGCGUGGAAGUAAUCUUUGAGCCUUGCCAGCUGGGUGAAUGCAAGGGAACACUUGUCCUUUCUUCAACCAUAGGAGGCGACUACGUCAUCCCUCUCAGUGGCACAGCCAUCCCUCCUAAACCACAGGGGCCUAUUCAGAUCAGGGCUGGCACCAGCACAUCCAUUCCCUUUAAGAAUGUCUUCCUGCACCCCAUGGCUUUCUCCUACAUUGUGGAGAAUUCUGCCUUCACUGUGAAGGCUACUGAGACUAUUAAGUCUAAGAAAUCAGCUACCAUCCUAGUCUCCUUUGAAGGGAACCCAAGUGGCACUAAAGCCGCUGUCACCAGCAAGCUGGUUGUCUCUUGUCCUCGCGCAGCUGGGCUGGGCUCAGGAGUCUCCUGGGUUUAUUAUCUAAAAGGUAUCACGCCUGAGAAAUGAAACUGUGGAGAGCUACUGUGUUGUCUGUUUCAUUUAAGCAUUGCCAUAAGGAGGGGGGGAGAGAGCUAGACAGUCAGAGCAUGUCUUGCUUUUUGGUAUUUGAUCCUCUGUGUCAAGCACCUUCCUUGCUUUUCUUAGGAGAAGGGAAAGCUGGCAAUGCCUCUGUACCUUUUGGAAGGGGGGGGGGAACCCUCUGUGAUUGUCCUUGCAGC